AUGCCUCCCAAGAGACCAGUUCUUGAAAAUCUACGGAUAGAUCCUCCAGAGAAAACGGUAUCGAUUACAGACACAUUGACCUUAGUUGUAAAGGGUGAUGGGGGUCUUGAAAUGCGUGUGAAAGAAAGUUUUAUAGCUUCUGGUCCAGCGUUUCCGGCGCAGGCCGCAAAACAAAAGGAUGACAAAAAUGAUGUGAGUAUGGAAAAGAUAAGGUUUGAGGAUCUGCGUACGUGCCAGGAGUUGGGAAAGGGGUCUCAGGGAAGGGUCAGACUUGCUCGACAUCUUCCUACCGGAAAAAGGUAUGCAGUGAAAUAUAUUAGGUUGGAAGAGGACACAGAUGGUAUGCGUCAAGCCCUUGAGUCGGAAUUGCGGCAAGUGAAAGCUUUGAUGCACAAAAAUCUUGUAACUUCGCAUGAAGCGUUCUUCAGGGAUGGAAGAGUUUAUAUUGUGCUGGAAUAUAUGGACGCUGGGAGCAUUGCCGAUGUGCUCAGGCGUCAUCCUAAUAAUUUCAACGAAGUGAUGUUAGCAUACGUGGCGAGGGAGUUGCUUCAGGGAUUGGAACACCUUCACGCUUCAAAAGUAAUUCAUCGUGACAUAAAACCUGUAAAUGCUCUUGCAAAUUCGAAAGGCGAAGUUAAAAUAGCGGAUUUUGGUGUCGCAAAAAGGUUUUCUGGUGGAGAUGUAGAAACACUGUCCGCUCAAGGAUCGCUCAUAUAUAUGAGUCCCGAGCGAAUUCAAGGUCAACCGUACUCCUUCAACAGUGAUAUAUGGAGCGUAGGGUUGACAAUAGCAGAAUGCGCGUUGGGGACAUAUCCUUUUGCGUCGAUGAAGCAUAGCCUAUAUGAUCUUAUGCAAGCUAUUGCUACGAGAACCGCAAGGGUUGAUUGGACAGCUGAUGGCCGUGAGCACAGCUCUGAGCUUAUUGAUUUUGUCGAUCAAUGCCUCCGUCCUGUUAGCUCACGACCGACAGCUACUGAGUUGCUCCAUCAUCCGUUCAUUCAAAAGGCAGCGAAUGUGGAUCCUGCCGAGGCAGGAAGGUGGUUCGUUACUCAAUCCUAA